GGGGCCCAACCGGGGCCGGGCGGCGGGGCCUGCGGCUGGCCAGCUGGCGGCGGCCGGGCCGGCAUCUGGCGCGGGUGCUGCUUAAAUACAGCAAGGCUGUGGAAAGUGGGGAGCGGAGAUGGCGUUGGCAGUGGGCAGGCGGCGGCAGGACUUGGACAACGGUUCCCUGGAAAUAACACAGAGUUUGGAAGAUGAUCCGCUAUUGGAUGCACCACUCAUUUCAUCUCAUACAUUGCAUUCCCAACUGAGGCCAAGAUUUCACGCCAUCCCAGCAGUUUUCCUUGCCAAUUUUCUGUUGCUAAUACAUGUUUCUUUUGUUGUUCUAGCAUUUUUAGCAGCUAUGUUUUGCUCCUAUCCCAAUCCAAACAAGGAUAAGUGCCCUGGAAACUAUACUCACCCACUUAAAGUACAGACUGUCAUAAUCAUUGCAAAAGUAAUUCUGUGGAUUCUGUAUGUUUUCUUUGAACGAUACGUCCAGCACCACCACAGUAAAGUCAGAAGCAGAGGUUACUUCUUAAUAUACAGAUCGACAAGACAUCUAAAAAGGCUUCCACUGUUGAUACACUCCACAGGUAAUGCAGCCCUGCUUUUGAUUCUGUCAACCCAGCAUUCCUUUCCUGAUCACAGUAAAGUAUACUUGUAUCUCUUCCUGGGAGUCCUGGGCCUGGAGCUGAUUAGCUCACUGACAUGCUUAGUGAUUUACACAGUGAAAAUAAGCAACUUCAAUCGUGCGAAGCCAAGACCUGAUGUAAUUGAAGAAGAAAAGAUGUACGCCUACCCUAGUCACAUUACCUCAGAAAUUGGAUUCAGGGGAAAUUCAAGUUUAGAAGAGAUAGUUGAGAAGCAAGGAGACGUAAUAGAAUAUCUUCAGCGACACAACGCGCUGCUUAGCAAGAGACUGUUGGCAUUAACAUCUCAGCAAAUCAAAAAUUAACAGCGUUUGGAAAGCUGUGGGAGCUCUGGAGGGAAUAGGAGGUAAUGUAAUAUCCAGACUGAUUUGUAGAGAUUACUCUUCAAUCAUCUGUCACAUUUUGAAAUGGAAGUUAAGCUGGAUGGAUGACCUCUGCAUACACUAUAAACCUAUUACAAAUUGACACUGUGGCUCUCUUCAAGUAAUCAGUUCUGAAAAAAGGUUCUGGAGCUUCAUGAAUUUUUAGUUCCUAAGAGGUCAAAGUUGGACUUGAGGUAAUGGUUUAACUUUGUUCAGUUUAUGUUAUUAUUUUCUACUGCUGUAACCACUGAGCUUCAAACUGCUGAAGUAUUUUAUAUUUCCAGAAUACAAAUUCGUUCUCUAGAAAAAACUGACUUUGCAAAGGAUGUGUUUUUCAGUUGCUAGUGCUGAAGCUGAGACUAGAUAUGUUCUGUCACCAAGUCCCACUGCUUCCACUGUUAGAGGUGGUGUACUUCAAUAAUCCUAUGCAAACUAGGUGCUUUCUUUCUAGAUGGGUUUUCUUUUCUCCUUUGGCAAGAAAUGGAAUUAAACUGUUGCCAGUGGGGAAAUUUAGCACCCAAUUUAGGAUUUAAAAAAAACCCAAACAAACUAGUUGGUACCCUGGAAUGGCAAAUAGCAUAAGUGUGUAAUUAAAAAAACAAUGUAAUGAUAAGCAAUUUGAACACAGACUUCUGGCUUUAAAACCUGUAGGAAGGAUCUCCAGGGCUGAUGACUUCCUUGUUCCUAGCAGUCUGACAGCUAAUAAUAAACAAAAUUCCUAUUCUGCUGAGUGAACUAACUUAAUACAAAAAUAUUUGAGUACGCUUUUUCAUUGACCUCAUAACUAACUUGUGUGGAAUGGGUUUAAAGAUUUUUAUCAAAGAUGCAUCCUUAGUUACACAGAUCCUUACUCUUUCCUUUGACUUUCCAGAAAAUGUCAGUACCUUAAUUCAAAAGCUAAAGUGGUAUAUGUGGGGAAGUGAAAUGCAGCGGGCAACAGAAAGGUGUUCUAGAAUUUGGAGAAACAAAUUGUUUUUGUUCUAUUUCACGGGUUUACUGGGAAGACUGGUGAAAUAACUAUUCUGUUUUGAGCAUUACUUUGUCUACCAAUGUAGACUAAUUAUUUUAGAAGCCAAUACCUCUGUGGGGACAGGGUACUCCCUGGUCAAAAAUGAGAAGGCUCUCAUGAGAAGUAGUCUUGUGGUUGAAAAUCCAUUCUGUUUUAGUCCUAGGGCACAACUUCAGGAAUAACUAAACUGUUCAGUGUAAAACAAACAUGGAGAUUGUGUCAUUUAAAGGAAAACGAUAAAUAUUGGAAGUUUUGCUGCUAUCCAACACUAGAAUGUUCUCCUUAAUUGUUGUUUCUUGAAAAUGCAGCUGGGAUUUUAUAGUAUACAUGUAAGAAAUAAAAGUGUGUUUGUUUUUAGAACUUGGAUUUUGAUGUGAUUGUGUGUAUUGAUUUAUAUCAUUUCUAUGAAAAGCUGUAAAAUGUGACUGAAGUUCAUGCACAAUAAAUGCAACUAAGGGAAA